GUGUGUGCGCGUGUUUGCAGCAGAGAAAGAGAGGGGUCCGAGUCUGAGUGACCUGUUGACCUCCGCCAUGGCCGUCCUCCCGACCCGAAAUUAGUUUUUGUUUUCCUUCCUCGGUCCCCUGCCGUCCACAUCUCUCCCUCCUCACUUCCUCCCCUGCUGCUGAGAGUGAGAAAAACCCUCGCUCCUUGCUUUCCCUCCUCUCCUCGUCCUCGUCGGCAUCGCCCGCUGCCAUCCGCGGAGGCCCUCGUCGUCGCGCUUGCGCAUACCCGGCCGCCGACGAUUAGACAGUACCAAGCUCGUGCUCUCCUGCCUGUCAUGAUGAUCAUCUGUGGUUGACGAGUUACUUUCUUUGGUCUACUGCUUGCUCUUUGUUGUCUGGAAGUAGUAUAUCUCACUCCAGACUACCACCAUGAAUCUCCAUAAUAAUUGUCAGCAAGAACAGCUAUCGGGCUCAAAUUCUGCAAGACCGCAAACAUUUUGGACCAUCUGUCCAGCUUGUGACACCAAAUAUCAGUACCACCAUGCAAGUUCACAGAAAACUGUCCGCUGCCAAAGUUGCUCGAAGGCCUUUAUAGCACAUGUUUUAACUGACCAACCUGUUCCUUGUGGUCCAGAGCAAUCUGUGUGGAAAAAUGCAGGAGUAUUUUCAGAAAUUAGAUUGCUUCAGAAGUUCAAACCUGGGCAGAUCUGGGCUCUCUACAGUGACAUAGAUAAGUAUCCCAAUUGCUAUGCCUUAAUAGAGAAAGUUGAGCCGGAGAAUAAUGAAGUACGGACAAGAUGGCUUGAAGUUUGUCCCGAUGGAGAGUUGGAGAAAAUAUCUAUAGAAGAUCGAACUGUCGGGUGUGGAACCUAUAAGGUUGGCAACACUGAUGGUAUUAUGAUUUACACUGACAUGAAAUCCUUUUCUCAUCGUGUAAAUGCGAUAUUCACUGGUAGAAGGAACUCUUAUGAAAUAUAUCCUAGGAAAGAUGAAGUUUGGGCACUUCUGAAGGGAUGGGAUAUCGGUUGGAGUUCAGAUGCUCACAAUCAAAAGAAAUACAAGUAUGAAGUUGUUCAGGUCCUCUCUGAUUUCACAACUGGCACUAGCAUCACCGUCAUGCCGCUUGUCAAGAUAAAAGUCUUUGUUAGCUUAUUUAUGCAGUCUAAAGAGGCUACUCCAUAUCUGAUACGGCAGGAUGAUACAAUAUGGUUCUCGCAUUGUAUCCCGUACCGUUUGAUGGGUGCAGCUGAAAGUGAAGGUAUUCCAGAAGGAGCUCUCGAACUUGAUCCUGCUGCGCUUCCCCUUAACUUGGAGCAGCCUCAUGUUCGUGUUGUUUCAGAAAGCAGGUCGGUAAAGGGCUCGGAGUUUGAUGCCGCAUAUGCUGGUUCGUCCAGAGGAAAUAAGUCUCACAAGGAAUCUGAAGGGGUUGGGAAGAGGCAGCAUGCUACAUGCAUGAAUGCAGGGAUCUUUGCAAAGACAUCGGUGGUAGAGAACAGAGACCAUAACACUCCAUCUACUGUAGAAGGUAUGGAUGCUGCUGAAGAAUCUGACCACGUGCAAGCGAAAGUAUUAUGUCCUGAAUUUUUUGACUUUGACCAACUUCGAGAUGUAAGUCGGUUUAGACGCAACCAGAUCUGGGCUGUCUAUGAUACUAAAUGCUGUAUACCAAGAUUUUAUGCUCGAAUUACAAAGGUAACAAGGGCCCCAAAGUUUGAGGUACACUUUGUUUCGCUGGAAUUUGAUCCCAGAAAUAAAGCAGAGGUGGCAUGGUCACGUGGGGAACUGCCUGUUGCUUGUGGACAUUUUAUGCAUGGAGCAUCACACACAGCUAAAGAAACUAAGAUCUUCUCCCAGAUCAUUUCCUAUGAGAAAAGCAGGACAAGAGCCUCGUUUGAGAUAUAUCCUAAGAAAGGUGAAGUUUGGGCCCUUUUCAAGGGAUGGGACAUUGGCUGGAGUUCGGACACUAAAAACCACACAGACUUUAAGUAUGAAGUUGUUCAGGUUGUCUCUGAUUUCACGACAAGCACUAGCAUCAUUGCCAUGCCGCUCGUAAAAGUAAAAGGCUUUGUUAGCUUAUUUACGGGGUUGGAAGAGGCAACCCCGUACGUGAUACCGCAGGAUAACACACUAAGGUUUUCACAUUGUGUCCCUUACCGUUGGAUGGAGGGGACUGAAAGAGAUGGCAUUCCAGAAGGAGCUGUUGAACUUGAUCCUGAUGCGCUUCCCCCUAACUUGGAAGAUGCUUUUGCUUCUGUUGUUCCAGAAAGCAGUUACACUCAAUUUGCUGUAGAAGGUACUGAUGUUUAUGCGGAAUCUGAUGAUAUCAUCCAGGCAGAAUUUGAAUGUGCUGAAUCUGAAUUCCAUGAAUUUACUGAAAUGAGAUCGCUUAACAAGUUCGAACCUGGGCAAAUCUGGGCUCUCUACAAUGAUAUAGAUAGGUUCCCCAAUUACUAUGCCGGCAUAAGGAAAGUCGAUCUCAAGAAUAAUAAAGUACAAGUGAGAUGGCUUUAUGUCUCUCCUCGGGGAGAGGAGGAGAAAAGAUUGGUCAACGAAGAUCGCCCUGUUGGCUGUGGAAUCUUUACGGUUUUCGGUGAAAAUGAUGCUAUUAAGACUUACACUGGUACAAAAGCAUUUUCUCAUCCUGUAUGUAGUAGACCAACUGGUAGAGAGAAAGAAUUUGAAAUUAUUCCUCUUCCUCGUGAGAUCUGGGCCGUUUACAAGGACUGGAGGGCUGGAUGGACUGCGCGCGAUUUUAAAAAUUGUGACUAUGAAUUGGUGGAGAUAUUAACCCAUACGGACUCGUCCAUACAAGUUAAGCUGUUGAGAAAGGUGGAUGGUCACAGGACAGUAUUUAGAAGAGAGCCAUCUGUGGAAACGAUAUGUAAGGAUGAGUACUUAAAGUUCUCUCACCAGAUCCCUCGCUUCCAUCUGACAAAUGAAAAAGGAGGCAAGCUUCUAGGCUGUUUGGAGCUUGAUCCUUUCUCGGUGCCAGAGAGGUUUCUCGGCAUUGAUUCAGUGUGAGAUAACCCUGUUCAUGGUGGCUCUUUGGAUGGCUCUCUUUUCGAAGGAAUUACAAGACUGAAGGUUGUGCGGAAGUUGAUCAAACCGUGUUUCAUGCUGCCCGUAGUUCUCCAUGUUCCAAUGAUGUUAUGAUGUGCUUGUUUACUCUUCCUGCAGCCGGUGCCUCUAAAAUCUAGUUAGAGGCCUGACAUUUGUUGCAGCUGUUGUUAUUUUUUACUUUUGGUCUGGUUAUUGAACUGACACUCUUCCUUCGCUCGUAGUUUAUAACCUGUAGUAGUAUGAUUUAA